UGAAAGCGGUGUAUUUCAAAUUUUCAGAAUUCUCUUUCAUGAUCGGCGAGGUACAUAUGUAGUGGUUUUCGCUGUAAUUAGUGUUUCCUUAUAGAAAAUGGCAGCCACUGACAACAUAAGGGUUGCAAUCAGGGUUCGUCCUCUGAUAAAAAGGGAAAAUGAUUUUCAUCAACCAAUACACUGGAAGGUUGAUGGGAACACCAUUACACAACUGGCAAAUGGAAAGAUACUGCCAAAUUCAUCCUACUUUUUUGAUCGAAUAUUUGAUAUGUCAUCUUCUACCCAAGAUGUUUAUGAUGAGUUUGGCAGACCUACAGUCCUUUCUGCCAUGGAUGGAUUCAAUGGAACUCUUUUUGCUUAUGGACAGACGUCAUCUGGAAAGACUCAUACCAUGAUGGGGGACGGAAACUGUCAAGGGGUCAUCCCCAAAGCUAUUGGAGAAAUUUUUGACUAUAUUGAAAAGAAUCCUUCUAGAGAAUUCUUGAUACGGGUUUCUUACAUAGAAAUCUACAAUGAGGACAUAAAAGAUUUGCUGAACCCUGCGAGAACCAAUCUCAAAAUACACGAAAACGCUGAGAAACAAGUUUACGUUGGUGAGCUGACAGAGGAGGUGGUAUCCUGUAGCGAGGAUGUUUUCAAGCACAUGAUGCGAGGCGAAAAAAAUCGACAUUUUGGUGUCACUAAUAUGAACGACAGGAGUAGCAGAAGUCACACCAUUUUUAGGGUGGUUAUCGAAAGCCGUGAAAUGAUGGACGAAAGCAAGGCUCCUGAUACAAUAGACGGAGCUGUUCGAGUGGCACAUUUGAACCUUGUUGAUUUAGCAGGCUCGGAAAGAGCUUCGCAAACUGGAGCCUUUGGUCAAAGAUUGAAAGAAGGCGGGCAUAUUAACAAAAGUCUUCUGGCGCUCGGCUCUGUCAUAGCCAAGCUAAGUGAGGGAGAAAGUUUUAUACCAUUCCGUGACUCAAAACUUACCCGAAUCCUCCAGUCGUCCCUUGGAGGAAAUGCGAAGACUUCCAUGCUAUGCACGAUUACUCCAGCGGCGAUUGAGGAAUCGAUCAGCACCUUAAAGUUUGCUAGCCGUGCGAAAACUAUCAAGAAUUGCCCAGAAGUCAACGAGGUUCUCGAUGACGGAACACUUCUAAAGCGUUACCGGAAGGAAAUACGUGAACUUAAACAACAGCUUGUGCAGGUAAGACGAAUGAGCAGUAGUUCGCAUGUACAAGAGCUACAACUCGAAAAAGAAAAAAUGGAAGAAAUGUUAGAGCAACAACGCCGACAACAGAAUGAACAAGAGGAAAAGAUCAAAAGGCUGUGUAAUAUGAUUUGUACUGCGGGAGGAGAGACUGCAAAUAACCGAAGUAAAGCAAAAUUGACAAAGAGGCGUGAGACCUGGUGUCCUGGGGCUGGUCUUUCCAAGGCUCCACUCGCCACUUCAGCUGCUUUCAGUUCAGUGAAGAGUCGACUGCAAAGAAUUCCGUCGAGCCCUAGUAGCGACGAAAGUGAGUUUGGCGAGAUGACAAAAGAUAUAUUCCUGUCGACUUUAGAGGAGGAAGAAGACAUAAAAUCGUCAGAGAGCGGGAAAAAACGGGUUGUUUUUGCAAGUCCUGCGGGAAAAAGGUGUUUAUCCUCCACAACAGAUCUGAAAAAACAGGAACACAAAGAGAUGCAGACUGAACCUGACCAAAAUUGCAUGGAAAUGGAGCGUGAAGUUAAAAGGCUGCGGUCAGAUCUUCAUGAGGCGAUCGAAACCCGAGACUUUUACAACGAGCUGUUGGAAGAGAGCAAUGCGUUGUUAGAAAAAAUGUCAACGGAGAAUGGCCGAAACGAUACCCCUACGACUCAGGUGUCGAUGUUGAAGACGUUGGAUCAGCUCAGGGCUAAAAACAAAGAGCUACAAGCUGAGUUUGACAGCGUCCAAGCAGAAAAAGAGUCUCUCGCCGCCAGAGUUGAAGGGCUUGAAAAUGCAGGGACAUUCAACACUGCCGCCCAAAUGAAUGCAGAUUCCCUUCAAAUGGCGUUAGACGAAGGUGUGCAAGAGAGAGACCGAUUGUGUGAAAAUUUGAAAGAGUGGCAAAAGAAAUGCACUUGUCGUGAAAGCGAUGUGGCCAGGUUACAGGGUAAAAUUACCAACGCUGGGCAAGAGGGAGAACAGUAUUCUUGUCAGCAAGAAGCGUCGGAAAGGAUACGACAACUAGAGCUUCAAGUAAAAGAAAUGGGAGAAAGGUUAUCUGGUGUAAAGGAGCAGGAACGGAGGCUGACGGAGGCCAUUGAAGAGAAGGUUCAGUUAGAGGAAAGUAAGAAAUUGGAGGUUGCUUGCUUAGAAGAAGCGCUUGAUGAGAUGACAAAGGAAAAAGGACGACUGGACGAAACCUUGCAAUUGUGGAAAGACAAGUGUGCCAUUUUGGAAACCAUUGUCGCUCUCUCUAAAGAGGAGAAGCCUAGCCUUGAGGAAAAAAUGGCUUCCGCUCGAGAAGAAGCUUCAGUAAAGAUCAAGAAGCUAGAGGAACAGGUGAAAGAAAUGGAGGAUAGGUUAAAAAGUGUCGAUGGACAAGAAGGGAUGCUGACAGAGGUUAUUGAACAGAAGUUACAACUGGAGGAGAAUCACAAAGUUGAAGUGACGUCUCUUAAAAAGACUCUUGCUUCCUUAGAAGGAGCACUCGAUGAAGUUACAAAGGAAAAAGGAAGACUGGAUGAAGCCUUGCAACAGUGGAAAGACAAAUGUGCUAGUCUGGAAACCAAUGAAGCUCUUUCAAAAGAGGAGAAGCUUUGCCUCGAGGAGAAAAUGGCGUUUGUCGGGGAAGAAGCUUCAGAGAAAAUCAGGAAACUAGAAGAACAAGUGAAGGAAAUGGAGGAAAGGUUAGCUAAUGUGGAUGAACAAGAAGGAAUGCUGACAGAGGUGAUUGAACAGAAGUUACAGCUAGAGGAGAAUCACAAAGUGGAAGUGACAUCUCUUAAAAAGGCAUUGGAGGAGAUUGCUCAAGAAAAAGAAAGCAUAGAAUCUUGGAAGGAAAAGUGCGCUAGUCUCGAGAGCGACCUAAGGCGGCUACAGGAGGAAAUAACUUGUGUUGAAAGAGAGAGAGAGAGAUCUAAGUUGGAGGAAAGCUUGUCCAUCGUCAAAGAAGAUACUUCCGUGAAGAUGAAAGAAAUGGGGAAAGGAAAGCUGAGCAAUGAGGAUGAAAAUAAAAUAAUGUUGGCUGAGGUAACCGAACAAAGAGUCAACUUGGAAGACAUCGUGACGCCCUUAGAAACAGAUGCAGCUCAGGGUAAAGAGUUAAGCGAACAGACAAGAAACAUUAAAGCAUGCUUUGAGCAAUUUAAGGAAGAAAAGGACGAGGAAAUUAUGCAACUGAAAAAAGACAUACAGGAACUUCAAGAUGAGCGGAAUAUAACUUCAUGCGGCGUUGAAGAAAAAGACACAUUGUUGGAGCAAAUCAUUGAACAGAAACAGGAACUUGAGGCCAAAAUGUCUGAUCUUCAAGUGCAGCUCGAAAACGUCAUCAACGAGAAAGAAGAAUAUGAACAACUGUUAAUUCAGGUAAAGAAAGAAAAAGAUGAGAUUAAAAACGAUUUAUCAGAGUCCAUUUCUGAUUCCGCUGAGUUGCAGAAGGAUAUGCUAGAGAUGCAACAAAAAGUGAAGCGCUAUAAGGAACACAUAUAUGAACUUGAGAAUGAGCUACGGCUGCGAGCAGAGCUCAUAACAUCACACGAACAAAAGUGUGAAGAACUUCAAAAUCGACUUAGUGAAGCGUUGAAACAGCUUCAAAACGUAUCCCAAGACAUGAAUAAAAAACUGCUUAGCGAAGGACAGGUGCCAGACGAACAGCAUGAAAAGGAGACAGAUGCAGACGACGAAAAGUUCACCUCUGAACUGAGUGCAGAAAAAGAGCGAGCCCAAGAAAUUGCAGAUGAAUGCAAUGCGUUGAAGUUAUCCCUGGAAAACGUCCAAAAUCGAAAUGGCAUUUUAGAAUCUGAAGUAGAGGAGACCAAGCAAGAAGUGGAGAAAAAACUAAAGCAAUUAAAAAGUUUAGAGUUGCAACUGGUAGAGUCCAAACAAGCCUAUGACUUGUGCGAGGAACAGCUGAAGGAGCAAAGAGACAAGUGCGAAGAACUUGUGAAAGAACUGAACGAGAUGAAGUCAACGGAAUGUCAAUCAAAAAAGCUAUCAGGAAGCUUUUCCUCUGAGCUGGAACUGCAUAAGGCAAAGAGAGAAAACGAAGAACUUCUUAAAGAACUGGGAGAGGAAAAGAAAACUCACGAAAUGCUCAGAAAGGAACACACAUCUGUCCUCGAAGAAUUACAACACUUCAAAGACUCUCUUUUGAGAGACACUAAUCGUGGGAUGGACCAGCAGAGGCUGAUUGACAAGAUGAAGGCUGAAAGGCGGGAGACCAUCUGUGUACAAGCGCAGCAACGGCAUGAACUGGAAAACGAUUUGUGCGAAGCCCAGAAAAAGGAUUCCACUGUUGAGGAACUGAAUUCUACCAUUCGAGUGAAACACGAAGAACUUGAACAUAUGACGUUCUUGUUGGACGAGAAAGAAGUUGAAAUUGCCGAGGUAACGACAACUCUUCAGCAGAAAGAACUGAAGCAAUCUGAAAUGACCGAGGAGUCCCGAAGAAAUGAAGGAAAAAUAAAUGAGCUCGAAAAAGAACUUGAAUACGUGAAUGAAAGUCUUCUUGAGGUAAAGAAGAGCCGGGUGGAGGCAGAAGCCAAGAUUGGUGAACUUAAAGGAAUCAUAAGACAGCAGGAAGCAGAAUUGAUCUCGGUAAACAAGAAAAUGGAGACCCUAAAUGGAGAAAAUGAGUCUCAGAGCCAGGAGCUUGCCUUGAAAACUGAACAGUUUGAAAAAGAAUUGGAGGAUAUGCAGCAUAGGCUUCUAGAAGUGGAGAGUGAGUUAGAGUUUACCAAAUCAAGCCUGGAGAACGUAGACGCUGAAAAGAAAGAUUUGAACACUAGGGUUGAAAAGGCUUUGAAGGAGAAAGAAUUGUUCGAUGAAAAACUUUACGAGUUGACGGCCUCCUUUGACAAUCAAAAGAACGCUUUAGAUCAAGAGAUCGACGAGAUUCGCGAAUCACUUUUGAAGGAGAAAAACAUCGUGUCUGAGCUCGAAGACAAGCUUCUUGUUGCAGAGAAAAGUAGAGAUGCCGCCGAAUUGGAAGU